UUUUCUGGGAAAUCAGAAAAAUAAAUGCACAGAAGCCUAAACGGGAUCUUCCUACUACCGCCAACGUUCCCAGUUCCAAUUUCCGUUUUCAAAUAUAAAACCAAGAGAAAACAGAAGAAAGAAAUUGCCAAGUUUUUUAGAGUUGUUUGGUUCCCGAGAAAGUUUGUAGGAAACGACAGUAUAAACGAAACUUGCUGAUCUCUGCGUGAUCUACCGGCAGCCAACACAAACACAAGUCAAAUCUCUAGCAUUGUCUCUCUUUCGAUCACUGGUUACUUUCACCACAUGCAAGAACCGUUUGGUAUUUGUUAUUGAGGGUCAGCUUCCAGUCCGUUGAUUGAUUUUCGAUGGGUCAUGAACUUCGAUCAUUGCUUCUAGUGGAAACCAGGAGACUAAUAUGGCUUAUGGGAUUUGUGUUUGCUGUAAUUCUGAUGUUCCAGUAUGUUGAACUGCCUUACGGUAAUGUUUUAACCUCUCUAUUUUCUACUGAUAAGGUUACAGCACCAACUGAUAGUAGUUCCAGAACUGAUGGUGCAUUGAAUAACUCGGAGAUGAUUGCUAAUCUGUCUCAUGAGAAUAGUUUUAACUCGACCAAUUCAUAUCCAUUUCAUGAGAUGGUAAAUAAUACAGAGACUUCUGAAGGAGAAAACAGAAAUCUAGAUAGUGAUAUUGUAUCAAAAGGAAGUAAACAGUUGAAUUCAUCUGGAUUUGAUGAGGCUAACAAUGUUAAGCAGUCUUCAAGUGAGAAAAUGAAAAAUUCUCUUGUGGACAAUGUCAAUCAUUUUGACAACAUUUCUUCUGUUCCCUCGCUGGAUGAGUUAAGAGAAGACGAACAGGGAUUUUCUCCACAGAGUGAAACUGAUGAUAACGAUUACACGGAGACGGAAAAUACCAUUUUGAUAUCACAAAGUGAAAGAACCUUGAAUGACACAUUUGCGUCUCUUCUUCAUUAUCAACAAAAAUUCGUCAUCAAACGUGAGCUUGCCACAAGAUGUUAUAACUAAUGCAAGUACACCUUUUUACUCUCUUCAUUUGAAGACACCACCAGGAGAGAACAUUAUGAAGUCUACUUCUAAAGACAAUGAAACACUGGGGAAAUUGCAAAGUAAUUUCACCAUAUCUGGUGACAAUUCUUCUCUGACUGUCGAUCCUAAGGUGAACAGAAACUCUGUUACGCCAAAGUCUGCAGUAACUACGAUAGCUGAGAUGAAAAAGUUGUUGCAUCAGAAUCAUGCUUCACAUCAUUCAGUGACACCACGAUGGUCUUCAGCAGUUGAUCAGGACCUAACAUAUGCAAGAUCACAAAUUGAGAAUGCACCAAUAAUAAAGAAUGAUCCUGCACUUUAUGCUCCUCUCUACUGGAAUAUUUCCAUGUUCAAAAGGAGCUAUGAGUUAAUGGAAAAUAUGCUUAAAGUAUACAUUUACAAGGAAGGGAAAAAACCUAUCAUGCAUAUGCCAGUUCUGAAGGGAAUAUACGCUUCAGAGGGCUGGUUCAUGAAAUUACUGGAAGUUAACAAAAAAUUUGUUGUUAGAAACCCUGGAAAAGCACAUUUGUUUUACUUGCCUUUUAGUUCCCGAAUGCUAGAGGAGACCUUAUAUAUUCGUGAUUCACACAGUCACAAAAAUCUCAUACAAUUUUUGAAGGAAUAUUUGGAUCUAAUCUCUGCAAGAUACCCUUUUUGGAACAGAACUGAAGGAGCAGACCACUUCCUUGUUGCUUGCCAUGAUUGGGCCCCGGCUGAAACGAGGAAAUUUAUGGCCAACUGCAUAAGAGCCCUCUGCAAUUCUGAUGUUAAAGAAGGUUUUGUUUUUGGGAAGGAUGCAUCUCUUCCUGAGACAAACGUACGUGUACCUCAGAAACCUCUUAGGGAUCUUGGAGGAAAGCCUUCUUCAGAAAGGAAAACCCUUGCUUUCUUUGCUGGAAAAAUGCAUGGAUACCUGAGGCCUAUUCUGUUACAACACUGGGGUGGAAACAAAGAUCCUGAUAUGAAAAUCUUUGGUCCAUUGCCUAAGGUGAAGGGCCAAAAAAACUACAUCCAGUUCAUGAAGAGCAGCAAGUACUGCAUUUGUGCAAAGGGUUAUGAAGUCAACAGUCCACGAGUUGUGGAGGCCAUUUUCUAUGAGUGUGUUCCGGUGAUUAUAUCUGACAACUUUGUUCCUCCAUUUUAUGAGGUUUUAAACUGGGAAUCUUUCGCUGUUUUUGUUUUGGAGGAGGACAUCCCAAAUUUGAAGAAAAUACUCCUCUCAAUCCCAGAGAAAAGGUACAGAGAGAUGCAAAUGAGGGUCAAAAGAGUACAACAGCAUUUCCUUUGGCAUAGUAAGCCUGUGAAGUAUGAUAUCUUUCAUAUGAUACUCCACUCAGUUUGGUACAAUAGAGUUUUCCAAGUUUAGCAUACAAUCCUGUGUACAUUAUUAGGUCUUGCUAGGAGUUUGGGAAGGUGUUGAUUUAAACAUUAGAGGAAGUGUGAGGAGGGUUAAUUUGUAGAUUAUAUCCGGGGGGGUUCAACGUUAUACUUGUGAGAUUCUUUUCCGCUGUGCAUAGAGAAUGAGUUUUACUUGGCCGAGUAUCUCUCUGCCUCCUGUCCCUUUCACGUGUAUUCAUAUUCAUUUAUCUGGUUGUUUUCUAUGUAUGCAUGCUGCUCUUUGAUUUUUAUUAUUAUUUAUAUAGAAAAUUUGUGAAGACAAUAAAUCCUUUUCAAAUUUAGAGAAUUUGGUGAAGUUUUUGCUGUGGGAAGAGAACCACCAUUGUAUUGACUUUAUUUUCAGGUUAC